AUGGAAAAACGAUGUCGGGCUUACGCACGCCUGCCUAUUAGCACCAGUAUUGCUAAUGGUCAUAUUCCCAGCAUUCAGACUUCGGCACCCUUAUCUUCGGCCCACGGGAACAGCAGUUGCAAUCUCGCCUCUUCUCCGUCUGGCGUUCAAGUUCUAUCUGGUGAUCAGAUGAAUAUUUUGGGGUCCUCGGUCAGUCAAAUACCUCCCCCUCCUUCGACCUGUAGGGCCUGUGUGUUUGGUUGGCGUGACGAGGAAGCUGGAUUAAUUAGUCACGAUCAUGCAAUGCAUACCAGUUUUGUAUCAACUCAGUGGCCUCGACAGACGGAUUUGCGAUUAGAUAAAGCUGUUCGCUCAGCCUGUGUCAAGAGCCUCGGUGUCGAGGUAAUUUUAUCAGAAAAUAUUCGUCUCGGGCAUAUUAUGCAACUGAUUUAUAAAUGA